CUCAUUUCUUUUGAAUACUACAUUAAACAAUUACAUUUGUAUAGUAAAAAAUUUCAAUCGAUAAUUGCAAUCGGAAACUGCAAUAGGAAGAGAACAGCUGCAAAACAAAUAAAAGUGGCAAAAAUGAGCGAAUUAAACGUAAAUAAAGAAAUAGAAGUUCCUACAGUCAGGGAAGUGCAUCAAAUGUUGGCCGAACUCUUAAGCCAUGGUGAAGAUAUAACAUGGGAUCUGUUGUCCGCAAAUCAGGGGGCCAUUUUAAGAACUAAAGUAGACGAGUUUAAGGGCAAAACAUGUUCAAAAAGUUAUAUGCAUAUAUUUGAUAUGUUUACUUCUAUUUGGAGCCAAAGAAAAUUCACAAAUGGACAGUCUCUAACGUCCCUAUUUUUUGUGAUGAUUGUGGAUGAUUUCAGCGAUCCAAACAUAGUUGAGCAAAGUAGAUCUUGGUAUCUUUAUCCUGUAUUCCGUUGUCGGCGAUGCGUUGAAGAUAACAGCGGCCAAAACAACACCAGCCUGGAUUGCUGUAUGGUGUAUGUGAGUCAAUAUGAUUCUAUUGAGGGUUGGGAUAAGUUUGUGGAAAAUACGCGAUUGCAUCCCGGAUUAAUGGUGACCCCAAAUCGCGGUGUCUACAAGCUGGUCAACGGACAGGUUGAGCUUAAAACGUAUUUUGUCAAGGGAGGGGUUCAUGGCGAAUGUCACUCCAUAUCGCCCGAAAUGUUAUCUCAAUAUGCCACUGGAGUUCAAACAAACAUGUACGAUAGGAUACUCUAUCAGCUAUUGAACCCUCGUGGUGCAUAUGAAAUGUCUGAUGCAACUGAGCUUUCUGAUUCUUUGGCCUUAUUUACGCACAGUGUAAAUAAUUUCCGCCUGGCAUCGUCAAUGAUUAAGGAACAAUCUUAUCACAGUAUUCUGAGCAAACGGCUAAAAUUGGUUUUUGACAAGAUAUCUGGGGAAACCAGGCGUAUCAAAGGAAAAGUUGAUCUUAUACGCAGCGCCAACGAAGUGCCCACGGAAAUAGAUUUGAAUGAGCUCUUCAAAACCAGGAUACAUCGUAAGAAACUUAUGAUAAAUGAGAUAUACAGUGAAGUUCCUGUGGAUUUACUGCAAAUUAAGAAAAUCCAAGUCGAAGGGGAAGAAGUUAACCUGGAAAAUUACGGAACCGCUCUAAUUGAAAAUAUUUUAUGCUCCGAAAGCUUUGAAGAUCUUAUAAAAAACAUGGUUGAGCAUUUUGAACCCGAAAUGUUUAAGCUCAUUCUGCAGCUUACUCAAACUUUUUUGGAAAAAACCAGGGAGGAGUUGUGGCAGCUUCUGAAAUACCAUUUCUCUACGGAAACUGUUUUAUAUCAAAUAAUAUUGUGCGUAAUGAAACACCACCCAAACAUGGAUUAUAAUGAAGUUAAUAAGCAAUCCUCCGAUAUUUUGAGUCGUGUUCGAUAUUAUUUCGCCUCGGCUAGUCCGAAUACUUUCCCAGAACUUUUAAUAAAGUGUUCCAAAUGUGUGGGGUAUUAUUAUAUUAAGUAACAUUAAAUCAUUAAGUUUUUGAAAAUUUACAGUAGUCUUUCGUGAAGUGUAACCCAAAAAUAAACGGUGAGCUUAAGG